UCCGACACACCCAGAGUCGCCGGAGACAUCAAACUCACCCGAAACCCGAGCGGCAGCACCCGGCGACAUGAGCAAAGCCAAGACCCCCACCACCGACCCCCCGGCCAACGGCCAGCCAGGGGCCCCGGACCCCCCGGCAGAGACCCCCCAUCACAGCGAGGACCCCGCCGCAGCCAAGGCCUUCUAUGACAGCCUGGCCCCCAAAAAGAAACCCAGACUGCCAAAGCCCCAGAACGCUGUGACCAUCGCAGUCUCCUCCAGGACCCUGUUUAACAUGUCUGAGGAUAGGAAAGUGUAUGAGGAGGAAGGGGUGGAGAAAUAUGUACAGCUACAACAGGACCAAGAAGAGGUGCCCUUACAGACAGGGCCUGCAUACCCCUUUGUGAUGGCAGUGGAAGAGGUUAACAAACAGCUUAGAGAACUGUACCCUGAUAGCGAAGAACUCUUUGAUAUUGUUCUGAUGACAAAUAAUCAUGCCCAAGUUGGCGUAAGGCUCAUAAACAGCAUCAAUCACUAUGGUUUGAAUAUUGAGCGCUUCUGCAUGACGGGAGGUAAAAGUCCAAUUGGUUACUUGAAAGCCUAUCUAACUAAUCUGUACCUAUCGGCAGACUCUGAGAAAGUUCAGGAAGCUAUUCAUGAAGGUAUUGCAGCGGCCACUAUGUUCAUGGGAAAGAAAAACCUGAUUCUCCCAGACAAGGAGCUAAGAGUGGCAUUUGAUGGGGACGCUGUACUUUUUUCCGAUGAAUCAGAAAUAAUUGUCAAAGAAAGGGGCUUGGACUCCUUUUUCGAACAUGAGAAGACAUUUGAGAAUAAACCACUGGCACAGGGACCUUUGAAAUGCUUUUUGGUAUCCUUGGGUAAGCUGCAGAAGAAGUUCUAUGCCAAAGGUGCACGUAUGACUUGCCCAAUAAGGACAUAUCUGGUAACGGCCAGGAGUGCGGCCAGUUCCGGAGCCAGAGUACUGAAAACCCUACGUAGUUGGGGUUUGGAGAUCGAUGAGGCACUGUUUCUCGCAGGUGCUCCAAAAGGUCCCAUCUUGGAAAAGAUCCGUCCUCAUCUGUUUUUUGAUGAUCAGAUGUUCCACAUUGAGGGUGCUCAAGAGCUGGGUACAAUUGCAGCUCACGUUCCUUAUGGAAUCGGCCAAAAGUACAACAAGUCGGCCUUAAAGGAGGAGGCCAAAAAGUAGAAGUACUGUGUGCUUGUCAUGGAAGUAUUCCAGCUAAGGCUUCCAUAUAGAUGCUGUACCUAAAAGUUUGUACUUCAGGCUGCCUUUCAAUUGGUGCAGGAAACAUUCUGUUGUCUUUGAACUGGUGAAUUUGGAGAUCUGUACUGUAGCUAGCAACACAGGAUAAAAAUGGCCCAAAGCAACAUUAGUGCCUUAUGUUCUAAACACAAAAAUAAAGAAACCUUUGGUUAUUUGGGUAAGAAAAUGGGGUAGGAAUACAUUAAUCAAACACGUAACAGCGUUAAAUUAACAAAAAUAAAUAAAACAAAAGGUUUUUAGUGCGAAGGGCAUAUUUUACAGAAAAAAGUCAUAAAUUUGUCCAUGCCCUCAAGGCAGUUGACCUAUGUAAACUGAAUACACUCAUGUUACUGCCAAAUGCCUUGGCUUUUAACCCAAGAUUUUUAUAUAAAACCACCCGUUGGCUUUCUAAUAAUGACAGCCAAAAACAGACUUUUUUGGUCCCCAGCAUCUGCGACAUAUAGGGUAAUUUGAAAUGAACACCCACACAAUAGAAAAGGCCCUUAUGACACCGAUUUUUACUAGUUCGCUUUUCUACUUAAACAGAACACAUUAGGCAGUUAACCCGUAACUUCAGAUCUUAUUAAAAAAAUAAAUAAAUAAA